AUGCUAAUGCAUUGUGAGGAUGUAAUCAUUUUGAGACGCUGUAUGGCCACAUACAUCUCGAUGGCUGUUCACUUCAACACGCUGUUCGCUAGUCAGGGAUUCUUUUUGAUAAUGCCAACACUGCUACGGUGUUACAGUCAACGACAGACGAAUGCGUUACUUUGUCGAACCAUAGAAUAUGUUUGUAAACAGUUCUAUGUGCUGCAUCGAAAACCGUUCUUCCUGCAGAUGGCUGGCGCUGUGGCGAAUAUAUUGGACACGAACGAUAACGAUUUUGAAGUGAAUCCAAUGAAAGUGAAAGCAAAAUAUUGGUUCAAUUUGUUGAAAAGUAUGGAGGAUAUGGCGAGUUUGGAGGAUCCGUUGGAUAUUCUCGGACUUGUCAAUGAGACGAAACCACUUCGAGCGUUGGAUCUAUGCUAUCGUGAUGAUCCGAAUGCGUUCAGUAUGUUGACAGAUGGCUUGGCCAGUUGUGUGACCGUGUGUGCGUUUGCACCUGACUCAAGACGUUCCUAUCAAAUGCUU